UGUUUUAUGCGUCGCCACUCUUCGUUACUUUCUUAUGAAUGGCGCAUGCAGUGUUACAUCUCGUAUUUUCUAGAAGAAACUUUUAACCCGGUAUUGAAUUAAAUAAUCUCCGCCGAGAUGCGUGUUGUACAGUGACUCAGAAUGCGUGUUUUAGUGCACACAGUGUUUUAAAAGCUAGAUCCAGCGGAAAGUUGUUUUCAAAGCACAUUUUAAUACAUCAGUAUCUACCAGAUGGACGACGCUGACAUUCACAUAUGCUCAUCGCUGAUGGAUCAUCAGGAUAGCAACUCAUCAGCACCUGCCAACGACAAGGAUCACGUCAAAUCAAAGGCCAUCGUGCGUUUCCUGAGCGUGCAGAGUACGGCCCCAUUCGCUCGAUUGAAAUGCAACACGGACUUGAACUUGCCUCCCUCGAACUGGUUGAGCAACUCGGCUAACUCCUAUGGGCUGGGGAAAUUUUUGUCAUCCCAUCAGGGUGGCUUCAGCAGCUUUCGGAUGGCCAACAUGUUUCCCGAUUGUGUCGGAGGGGUGGAUGUCGUAUCCGACGCUGAGAAUAUUAAGAGGCUCCUAAAAUUGCCGUAUUCCAGAAAAAGCGUCAUAUCAAUGAUUGUGCACCGUAUCGAAAAUACUUUGUUGAUCGAUGAGUUCGACGUAGCCAAGUAUUUGCUGCGACAGGAAGAUACUGAGUGGCAAUGGUUGCGGCAGUUUAUUUACGAGCACAUAUUGAAUAGUCUGAACGAUAAUGAUAGAAAACUAUUUAUUCAUACCAAGUCCAGAGAGGCAUUGGCGCAUAAGUACCUGACAUCUAAGUUCUUAUACUACAGCUUAAAGGCUGAAGAAGAGGAGGGAGAUGGGGAAGGAUUUGCUGAGGAGGUUGAUGAAGGAUGUCAGGAAUAUAAACCGUUGCCAUUGACCGGACCGAUACUUCCCGAGCCAGAUGAAGAUGAGAAUUGUCCAGAUCCUGGUCAAAGAAAUCACGUGUUUAACCGGAAUGUGGUGUGGACUUUUGAGGAUAUUCGAAUGUUGAUUGGUACAGAUAUGCCAAUUUUUGGAGGGGCAAAUCGACCGUGUAUCAGCCUUCGGUUACGAGAUGAGACCAAACCAAUUAAUGUGUUAACAGGAAUUGAUUACUGGUUGGAUAAUCUAAUGUGCAACGUACCAGAAGUGGUGAUGUGCUAUCAUUUGGAUGGCAUUGUUCAACGAUACGAACUAAUCAAAACUGAAGAUCUACCCCAUUUGGAAGAUUCCAAAUUUUCACCACAAAUGAUACGUAACGUGGCUCAGAACAUCUUAGCUUUUCUGAAAGCCAAUGCAACCAAAGCCGGUCAUACUUAUUGGUUGUUCAAAGCGAAGAAUGAUGAUGUCGUGAAGCUCUACGACUUGACCACACUAUGCCAAAACAACGCUUCAGGUGAAUCACAACCAGAGGCAGAAGAAUCUGAUAAAUCUGUACAGGAAAAUCAAAACCCGUUCACUAUUCCGGUGGCAAUGUUGUUGUAUACUGUGGCACGAAAUAUGAAAAAUUCUGCGGAAGGUAUUUCCGCUACUAAAGCCGGAGCAAUUAGGACUCUGUUGGACAACUGCAUUACCCUACUGCCGAAGGAAAAGUACCCUCAAAUUGUGACUUCGUCGCAUUACAUUCUGUCCGAUUUAUAUAUCCCAGCGGAAACGGAUCCAGGAUCGCCUAAAUUCAACACAGUUAUAGACGACGAAGAUGAUGAGUUUAGCUCCUUAUUCGGUGACAAUACGGCCAGUGCAACUCCUCGACAAGACGAUUACACCAAUGAUGAUCACACCAGCGAUCGCCUAGAAGCCGCAAUCAAGAGUAUUGAGGAAACGUUACAAGAGUACAAUGGAAGUGAUAGCUGGAGAUGCAAUUCUCGGCCUCCGCCUUUGAUAGGCGAAAUCGAGGAACGCUGUGAAAAUGCUUUACAGCACAUAGCCGAUGGUCUAAGCUGUCUGCAGUAUUUCGAUAGUAGCGAGGAAAUAAAGAAUAAGGAAAAAGAGAAAGCUGAAGAAAAGCGUCAAAUCUACCAUGAAGAAACCCAUCCCAACAUGGCCAAAUCCGACGAUGCUAUUCCUUUACCUUACAGUCCAUUAAACCCAGAACCGGAAUUUGCUCAUUCUGAUGAGGCUAUACCAAUGGGUUGGAAGGAGGACGAUAAGUGCCAAGAAACGGAGAUCGAGUUUUCCAGGAGAGGCGCGAAGAAGAAAUCCAAAAGGAAAAUAGAGAAAAAACGGGUAGUGCUGGAUGGUACAACUUCGGAAGUUGAUGCAAGAUCACUACUGCUGAAGGGCGAAAUAGGUGUGAUCAAAUCGUGGAACAUCCAUUUGAAGAUUUUGUUGUUUGAGAAGGCAUGUCUUACCUAUGCAACGCUUGCCGAGCGAUACUACGCGGAGGAGCGAUAUGGAACAUCCCUUCGUUUCAUUUACGCGGCCGUAAGAUGCCAACAAGUCGUUACCAAGUACAUAUCUUGUGUAUCGUCCCAACGAAGUCUUUUGCUGGGCCGGAUAGGCGACUGCUUCUUUCAAUUGGCCAAAAAGUGGGACAAUAUUGAAAUUUAUCUGAAGGAAUUUGGAGAGGAAAACCAAGUGGAUCGUCUCAUUAUGGACGAACUGGUGAAAGAUAUUGGAAGCGAUGUGGAACAAUCGCUCCCUCUACCAACGGCGAAUAUCGAACAAUUGAUGAUAACGAGUUGCGGGUGUUACGAAACAGCUGUAGCGUGUGCUUCGAAGGACGCUAAGGGGGAGCUAAACCGAAGAUUGGGCAGUGUGCGGAACGAACUGGGAGUAAAGUAUAUGCAUUGGGCACAAGAUGAAUACCGGAAGUUUUGGGAACUACCUACCGAGGAAACUGAAGUAUUCGAAAAGGCAGCCAAAGAAAACGAAUGCAAGAUUGAGCCACUGUAUCAGAUUUUGGCCAAGAAAUCGUACGAUUCGUUGCAAAAGGGAGUUACGUUGUUCGAAGCGGUUCACGAUCCUACUAACCUGGCAUUUUUACUCUGUAACAUGGGACGAUUUAUGCGGUUCCGAGCUCAUAUUCAUUUAGUGGGCGAAAGUAGAAAUAACGUUCACCUUCAAAAGAAAUUUUACCACGAAGCAUUUGCUAACUAUCAACGUGCUCUAGGAGUGCUUGGCUCAAAAAAGGAAAACCCAGAUCUAUGGUCCUUAGUGACAUGGGAAUUGUCAACAGCUACGUUCAACCUUGCGAAACAACUACAAGACUACAACAGUGCAGAUAGUGAUAAUACUCAGAGCCUCGAGGAAGUUGAACAAGAAGUAGUGGAGAUGCUACAAAAAGCUUUGAAGAUCUGCGACCAAGAAGCCACUGGACCACGCCAAGUGCUUUAUUCUUUCCGGGCGGCUCUGAUUCAUCACAGAAUUGCGUCUUACUAUCACUUCUCAUUCCGAUCAACCGCCGAAGAACAUCGUCGUAAAACAGUACUGCAGCUUUGCAAGCUACACUAUGAGAAAGCCGUCAAAAUCUUCGAAAGUCUCAAUGAGCCCCAAGAGUAUCUGCAGAUCCAGAUGGAACGAAUCGCAUUACAAGAGUACCAGUGCGAACUAGCGCAGACCAUCCCGGUGAAACUGCGGCAUAUGCAGCAAGCACUCGAGCUGUGCAAACAGUGUCGACCCACGAUCGAAUACCUUUCGAUGACUAAAUCUUACACAACCAGCGCUACGAACAACAACUUUGACUGUGAUGAGAUUCAAAAAUUGCUGGAUCUAUUCGAAAAACGUUUACAGAUCAUACUGAAAACGUUGACCAAACUUUGCAUGCUUUCGACUAGUGGAAGCGGCAAGAAAUCCGACGGUGAACGCAUGGUUAAUCACUACAAAGAUCUGUUUCGAAUUACGCUCCAAAAGCGCCCAGCCAAUACGGCCGAGGAUGUACCGCAUAGUGGCAACAAUGUGAUUAAGGAGUAUGCCUUGCAUCUAGCGAAUAUGUUGGAGAAAAUAUGUGACUUUGAUGCUACCGAAAGUUAAACUAUCGUUGUAUUUUACACCCAUUUUGUGAUGUCUCGACUGUUUUACCAUUAUUUCCGGUUCAAAACGAUCUAAUCUGUGAACGUUUCUUAUCUGUAAGAAAGAAAAAAACUUGGCAUUUAAAUAAACAGCUACAUCGUUAGAUUUAUUUGUA